AGACUACUGAGCCCUGUCGGGCAAGGCCUCUCCUGCCUACCCAGCCCAGUCAGCCAGCUGGGUAGGUGGGGGAGGUGCUGCUCAGGCCUGAUGCUGAUCUCUCCUGACAGCUGCUCCUAAGGCUGGCAGGGCAGGCAGGUGGGGGAAGGGACCAGAUUUAAAGGUCCAGCUGCCCUGCCCCUUGCCAGACUGAUGCAGACACUGGAUGCCAGGAAGAUUAGUGGCAUCCACCAUGCGAUUUCGACGCCUGACGCCUGGCUACUUCCGGGUGCUACAGAUGCAGGUAGCCGGGGAGCUGAAGGCAGAGCCCAGGAGUCCACUGCCUGGGAUUGUGGCUACACUGCUGGCUGUCCUCGGGCUGGGUGGCUCCUGCUAUGCUGUCUGGAAGAUGGUGGGGCAACAGCCACCGCCACAGGCUCCAUGAUGAAGCCCGUUUUCCCUGCAGCCAUGAACCAGGCCUUCUGGAAAACCUACAAAUCCAAAGUGCUACAGACCCUGAGUGGGGAAUCUGAGGAGGAACUGGCAGAGGAGGGUGGGGAUCUUGUGUCCCAGAGGGAGAACCCAGCAUUAGUGGAGUCUGAGAUGGCAGAACCGACUCCAGAAGCCUUCAAUCCUAUGACACAGCUGGCCCGCCGGGUUCAGGGGGUCGGGGUGAAAGGUUGGCUGACAAUGUCAUCUCUGUUUAACAAAGAAGAUGAGGACAAGCUGCUGCCACCGGAUCCCUGUGCUGACCACCCGUUGGCGGCGCAGGCGUCCUCGCAAGCGACGGCGGAGGCGGAGCCGCGCGGGCCCGGAUUCUGGGACGUGUUCGCCAGCAAGUGGCAGCAGCCGCAGUCGGCUGCGGCGUCCAUGCUGCGCGCCGCCGAAUCCACCUCGGAGCCUGACCCUGAAGCCGGGGACGAGGCUGCGGAGGAAGCCACCGAGCACCCGGAGCCGCAGGAGGCCGACUCGGCGGCUGGCUUCAAGUGGGGCUUCCUCACCCACAAACUGGCCGAGAUGAGGGUGAAGGCUGUGCCCAAGAGUGACUAGCCGGAAGGCCGAACUGGCUGCCCCUCCUCCCCAUCCCCAUAAAAA